AUGACGCUCAGUAUCUCGAUUGAUCCAGACCCCCACGGUUCGGAUCGCUCUUACUCCGACGACGAGGGCUCGUCUGGUGUCCAUGUACCUACAUCUUCCGAGUUAGAAAGUCAUGAGUACCAGGAUUAUGAUGAGUGGGCGCAUUUGCCAUAUCCGGAUGAAUUGAAACCAUCUGAUUCAGCCUCCCGACCAAGAACUUCGCACCGCAGUCGUCCGCCCCACGGUUCACGCUCCGCUUCGGGCCGUCGCCCAACAUCGCGACGUAUGGGCCCAGAACAUCAGUCGUUCGCCCCUCGAGGCCGAAGACAACAAUCACCAGAUUCUCCCGAUAGUGCCGAUUCCGCCGACGAGUACCCUCCCAAUUUUGGUCGAAAUGAUCGGAGGGGGUGGCAACAACCUAUGCCACCCGCCCCUGCUGCAUACGCUCCCAGCCAGUCCUCUGGUCCAUCUUACACCCCAUACCCUCCUCCCCCACCCCCGGGCCAUGGCCCGUAUACCCACUACAAUCCUCCCCCGAUUACAUCAGAACUCAUGAGAAUUCCUCACCCGGGCCAACCCAACCCCUACGGUGCUCCUCCGCCCUAUGGAUACCCGCCUCAAUUCCAACCGGGGUCUCAUUUUCUUCCCGAUCAACCCCAACUUCAUCCACGACAUGCGCCUCGCCAGCCGCCUCAGCUGCACAAUCCGCACAACCCAAUGCAGCCAAUGCAGCCGCCAAUGCCGCACGCGAUGGGUCCUCACGGUGCCCACUCCCCUUACCCUGGAUAUUCUCAUGAGAUGAUGGCCUAUGGUCAGACUGGUUUCUAUCGUGAUCAACCCGGCUACUUCGGGGGACCAAUCCCGGGCAUGAUGCCUCCUCAUUAUUGGCCCCCCUAUCCCCCAGUGCCUUCUCCUCCAGUGCAACCUGAACCUAAAUCCCCCCACCCCCGACGCCUGCUCCCGAACCUGCUCCGGCUCCGGCUCCAGCCCCUGAACCUGCUCCCCCUCCACCGCCGCCUCCACCAAUGCCGAAAAAAGGCUGCAGAGGAUGCCGCAAAGGCUAAGGAGGAGGCAGAGAAAGCCACUGCCACAGCCGCUUCUGAAGCAGCAGCAGCGGCAACGGCCGCGGCCAAGGAAGCAGCUGAUAAAGCGGCCGCAGCGGCUGCUGAGGCGGCUGCUAAAGCUGCCGAACCGCCGCCACCCCCAGAGAAGAAGCAGCCUAUAAAAUUCAAGGACGCUGUUGGGAGAAAAUUCAGCUUUCCAUUUGAACUAUGUGCUACCUGGCAGGGAAUGGAAGAGCUCAUCCGGCAGGCUUUCCUCCAUAUUGAAGUUAUUGGACCUCAUGUGGCUGAGGGCCAUUAUGAUCUUAUUGGUCCGAAUGGCGACAUUAUCCUCCCACAGGUUUGGGAAACUGUGGUCGAGCCUGACUGGGCUAUCACUAUGCACAUGUGGCCAAUUCCCGAAAAGCCAAAGGAAGACCCUCCCCCUGCGCCAGGGCCUGCCCCGGUAAAACCUGCAGAUCCGCCCGCCGAGCCGAAAAAGAAAGCAGAUGGUUCUAAAAAAGCUAAGGCCAGAGGACCAGAUGUCCCCGGAAGUUUCGCGAUGUGGAUGUUAGGUGGGACCAAUCGCCGGGGGGGCAAAGGGGGUCCUAAAAUGGAAAAAAAGCCUGAUGCCCCUCCCCCAGCACCCGCACCAUGA